AUGGAACAAGAAGUAUUAAAUUUAGCAAAUAAACAAGUUCAACAGGCGAUUUCUAGUGCAUUGAUUUCCUUAACACAAAUGUCUUCAACAAUGUUUCAAAGUUCAUCAUCAAAUCGAACUUCAAAAUCAAAUAUUUUAUUACGAUGUCGAUCAUCAAGUAAUAAUCGAAAUAAUCGCAAGGUCUCAUUUCAUCGUACUAUUCCACGUUGUUCUUUACCGGCAACAAAAAAUGACUUUGUUCAUCAUCAAACACGUUUAUUGUCUUAUCAACAACAAACAAAUCAAAUUAGUUGUCGAGCAUCACGAAAUAUUAAUAGUACGAGAUCGAAUAGAACAUUUGAUAUACAAUACUCAUUCAGUCUCAAUAAACCUUGCUUAACCAAAAUCAAUAAACAACGACAUGAUUUGAUUGAUAUACAGAAUUUCGCCAAUCAGCUUGUUGAACAUUCCAUUCGAACUGCUUUACUGCAGAUUAAUCAUCAAAAUUCAACUAAUGAAAGUGAAACAUCUUCUUUACAGUUGAAUUGUUCUCCAUCUUAUGAUCCUAUGGAACAUCUUGAAGCAAUAAGUUCAUAUGUCGAUCAAUUUGUUCAAUCAAUUAUGGAACAAGCAGUAGAAAAAAUUUCUUCAUUUGAUAUCGAACUUUUCUCAAGUGGUCUUACAGAAAUUAUAAUUAGCAAUGCAUUGUCAACUAUAGCAAAUGAUGAAAUAUAUUCUAAAACUCAUUUCAAUGAUAAUGAAAAAUAUUUGCGAAAAACAAAGAAAAAAUCAAUACAAUUAGAAAAUAAUGAACAACAACAAACAAGUUUAGUCAAUCAAAAUCGAUAUAAUUCAUCAUCAUUCUUUCGAUCAUUAACAAAUUAUAGUAGUUCUAAUGAGAAAUCAAUUAAUUCUCUUGUGAAUAAUAUCACUGAACAAAUUUAUUUUGAUUCAUUCAAUGAAUUAAGACAAAUAUUCACAACAGAAAACAACAACAAUGACGACUAA